GGCCCGGGCGGGAGCACGGCCGGCAUGGAGACGCUGCUGCUGGGCGCCGGGCUGCUGCUGGGCGCCUACGUGCUUAUCUACUACAACCUGGUGAAGGCCCCGCGGUGCGGCGGCAUCGGCAGCAUGCGGGGCCGCACGGCCGUGGUCACGGGCGCCAACAGCGGCAUCGGGAAGAUGACAGCGCUGGAGCUGGCGCGCCGCGGGGCGCGCGUGGUGCUGGCCUGCCGCAGCCGGGAGCGCGGGGAGGCGGCCGCCUUCGACCUCCGCCAGGCGAGUGGAAACAAUGAGGUCAUCUUCAUGGCCUUGGAUUUGGCCAGCCUGGCCUCUGUGCAGGCCUUUGCCACGGCCUUCCUGAGCUCUGAGCCAAGGCUGGACAUCCUCGUUCACAACGCAGGGAUCAGUUCCUGUGGCCGGACUCGGGAGGCCUUUAACCUGCUGCUGCGGGUCAACCAUGUUGGCCCUUUUCUGCUGACACACUUGCUGCUACCCCGCCUGAGGUCGUGUGCCCCCAGCCGUGUGGUAGUUGUGUCCUCAGCUGCCCACCGGCGUGGUCGUCUCGACUUCACACGUCUGGACUGCCCAGUGGUGGGCUGGAGACAGGAGCUUCGGGCAUACGCUGACAGCAAACUAGCCAAUGUGCUGUUUGUCCGGGAGCUUGCCACCCAGCUUGAGGGCACUGGUGUCACCUGCUAUGCAGCCCACCCAGGACCCGUGAACUCGGAGCUCUUCCUGCGUCACCUCCCUGGAUGGGUAUGUCCUAUUUUGCGCCCACUGGCUUGGCUGGUUCUCCGGUCACCUCAAGGGGGAGCCCAGACACCCCUGUACUGCGCUCUGCAGGAGGGCAUUGAGCCCCUCAGUGGAAGAUAUUUUGCCAACUGCCAUGUAGAGGAGGUCUCCGCAGCUGCCAGAGAUGACCAGGCUGCCCACAGGCUGUGGAAAGCUACCAAGAAGCUGGCAGGGCUUGGACCUGGAGAGGAUGAUGACCCUGAUGAAGAGCCCCAACCUCAGGAUCCAGGGACCCCAUCUGCUAUGAGGCCCCCAGGCCCUGAGAAAACCAGAGUUUCUGGACAUUCUCGUAGCUAUCCGGGCUCACCAGACUUAUCCAAAUUGACACAGCGAAGAAUUCAGGUGAAGGCUGAACCUACACCCUCAUUUUCAUAACCUCCAGGCUAGAAUGCUUUUUGUAGCACUGUGGGACCCCCCAAAACCUCAGUAGUGUGUCUGGGCACUGAGGGGUCGCCACUUUUACUUCAGUUGUUACUUUUGGGAACCUCUUGUUGUAUCCUAAGCCCUUUUCCUAGUGAAAGGAAAUGAAUACUACUUCCUAAGACCGACAGUAACCCCAGAUCCAGGGAUGAUAUGUCAGACACUGUGUUGCUCUGGAAUUUGAUUUUCAGAUUUCUGGGCCCUCCCCUCAAUAGCGAUCCGCUCCCCCGAGAUGGGCAGGGGACUUGGUGGUUGAUGCAGCUGCCGAGGUUGAACAUAACUGAACCCAGCCCUUUGCAACUUUCUAGCUAGGUAGUUAAUUUACCCCCGUUUUUACAGAGGCGUAAUUAGGAAAGGUCUCAGUAAGGGCAAGUACUGAGCUUUUUGAACCCCGGGGUCCCCCGUUGGGCGGGUGCCCGGGGUGACUCAGCGUAAGGUGUUACCACUGAGGCGCCCGAAGGUGCUCCGGGGCCGAGCCCCCCGGAAUAAAGCGCGCUGACUGAGGA